AGCCUUUCCGUACACAGCGGUAGAUACCGUAGGUGCCGACUUCCCUGAUUCGUCCAUCUAUCACAUCGUUGCGCGGCAUUGUGGAUGGAUCGAGGCAACCGCCGCCGAUCGUCUAGCGCUCACUUGCACAGCAUUUCAGGCCAACGCACUGCUGAAUCACACAAGCAGCCAGGCAAGAUGAACACCGUCGACGCCACUUCGUCGAUUGUUGUCGCGGAUAAGCGCACUGGGAACAAGGACGCGCUCCUUCUGCAACAAGCGGGGGACACAGAGGUCGCCCAACCAACGCUGCCUCUAUCGGUGCACGUGAUACCUCCAGGAACGCUCGUUGAGAGCAGCAAAAGCAUGGACGACACGAUGGUGUGGUCGACAUGCACCCCGACGGAAGUGCCGCCACAGAACGCGAUAAUCGUCGAAAACACGGAGCAGAAUAUCUUGUCCCGCAUAUCGAUGCUAUCGAUCCUGCGGGAGCAAGGAUUCAUCGACGAAGACGAAUUCCUUCGACGCAAGAAAGCCAUCAUCGACGAACUCCACGCCCCAGCUUCUUCGUCAAGGCCGUACUUCCACAACGCCACUGGCAUGCCACUUAUCAUUCCCCACGCACCCAACUUUCAAGGCUUCGAUGCCGAGGAAGCAAUUCGCCACACAUUCAACUACGACACGCGCCGAUGGGAAACCUCCAAGGUGUGCGUCGUGUUGGACGAGACCCCGUUUGCCAAAGGCAGCCUCCGCCUCGUCUACCACAUGCAUCACGACAGCGCCGACGACCUCGACAAGAGCUCGUCAUAUGUGGCCAAGCUCGCGAUCGAUCCAGACGAAGACCCGCAGACGUACUUUCGAGACAUCGAACUCCAGGCCCACUGCGGCCAUUACGCGGACCUGUACAACGCCCACGCGCCCCCCAAGCGCGUGCACUUCAUACCGGCGUGGGUGCUGGAGCUGACCCAGCGCCACGGCGCGCUAUGCGCAGUCGAGCGGUACAUUCCCGGGGACUACCGCAAGCACAACAACAACUUUGGCAGCGUGAGCGACGAAGACCGCAACACGCCUCAGGCAUUUUCGCAUUUCACGUACGAAGCGUCGCACCACGAGCUGCUCGCGGUCGACAUCCAGGGCGUCGGCGACAUGUACACGGACCCGCAGAUUCAUACGCUGAACCGCGGGGACUUUGGCAAAGGCAACCUCGGCGUGCUCGGGUUCAAAAAGUUCCUAGCUACCCAUCGAUGCAACCCCAUUUGCGCCUACUUGAAGCUGCCCCCCGUCAACCCCAAGGCGAAUGCAAACGUCGGCACGGUGCCCGUCCAGCGUCUCAUGGCGUCCGACAAGAUCCAAGACGCGCCGUUCGAGUCGAAACACUACUACGAGCAGGCGCCGCUUCUCCAAAAGUACGUGGCGCAGUGCCGAGACGACGAGGUCAAGUUGAGGAGGACGUCGACGCACGGCGAACGCGGGUGUCUAUUUUGUCAAUGCAGUAUUCAGUGACUUGCGUCUGUCUUUUAUUUCUACCAAGUACAGCUACUACUACUACUCGGUCUUAGUCGGCCCGAUGGGGGGCGGCACGACGAUGAGGCGCUGCAUGUGUUGAUCCAACGUGUCGGCAAACACGGUCAUGGAGAAACGGUCCGUGGCGCGGCGCACGCCAGCUUGGCCCAUCGAUGUCGCUGUGGCGGCGUCCGUGGCCAGCACUUGCAUCGCAUGGCCAAACGCGGGCGGCUCCGCGUCGCAAAGAAACCCUGUGACAUCGUGGGCGAUGGACUCUAGAGGCCCGCCGCUGUUGACGGCCACGACGGGCGUGCCGGACGCCAUCGCCUCCACCGGCACAAUCCCAAAGUGCUCAAACGACGGCGUGUACAGGAUGGCCCGGGCGUGCCACAAGAGUGCGAGCUUGGUCGCAUCCGGGAUCGACCGGAGAAAUGUGACGUGGUUCGUCAGCUGUUUGGCCGCCACGAGCUCGGCCAGUUCGUCAAAGUGCGCGACGUUUUCCGCGUUCAACGGGUCGUAUCUGCGACAAGGGCCAUGUUAACAACAUCAUCAUCGUCGCAUGGAAAUGGAGGCCAGUUGUUGGCAAGGAUGUACGACGUACCCCCCCGCUAGGACCAGAUGGACCGUAGCAAAUACAGUGUCGGACACUUGAGUUUGAAGCCAUGCGAGGGCGUGCACGGCCAGCGCAAUGUUCUUCUUGCGUUCGAACCGAUUCAACGACACAAACAGCGCUGGGAACGAGAGCGCUCGAAGCAGCAGGGCUUGGUUGUCAUUGGAGGUGGUGGAGGGCGGCGGCAACGGUAGCGUGGCGGGGCGUUCAAACGUGGAAAUAUCCACGGGGGGGUACAGGAUACUCAGAUGAUGCCGCGCAUGUAGCGAAGGAAACGCCGCUUCAAAGACGGAGGCCGUGUAUUUGCUGUUGACGACCAUCGUGUCGGCGGCCCCUUUGACGAAGAGGGUAAGGAGACGAUGAUGGGUCGUGACAACGUACGAGUGGUCGCUUCUUCGAGGGUAUCCAGGGGCCAGCGAUACACUUGCUUGAGGACGGAGCUGCGGUCGAUGCACAGGAGUUUGUCAGGAUAGUGGCCGUAGAAGUACACGGGUCGAUUGAAGUACGCGCGCAGGAGCGGAAUCGGCAACGACACCUGGUCCAGGAAGAACACGUCGGUGUUCCAUUGAGUUAGGAACAAGUACAACGUGAUGUACACCAUGCGCACGAACGCGCAGAGUGCGUAGAGACGGCCAAACACGGUCCGUGGAAGGAAGUCACCAUGGACGACGACCCAUUUGGCAAGCGGGCCGUCGCCGCGGGUUUCGCGAAAGCAAUGGUUGGGGUCGUGGUGGGACGUGAAGAUGUGCACCUCGUACCCCUUGUUCUGCAGUGCCACAGCGCAGUUGACGAUGAGGUUUUCCGCGCCGCCUAUGCCGAGGUCGGGAUGGAGGAACGUCACCUUUACCUUUCGUCCUUGGACUGGCAUCUUAGGCGAGAUGGAUCGGAUGGAUCCAUACACGAACCCAAGAAUCAACCACAGCAACGGCGCCACGACAGCGGCCAAGCCCACAACUCCACAAGCUUCACACGACCAACAACCCAUCGCCAAGCUACGUGGUUCUUUCUGAGCGUUGCAAAUGAGCUUGGUAAAGUGCGCUGUCGAUUUCACGAACAGAACUUCGAACUUCGAUCACCUUCAAAUUCCAAC